UCUCGUGUGGGCCGGGCGCUGGCGUUUUCCGAAAAGCCCGCGGUGCCGGCGGUGCAGUGGCCCUCGUGGAGCGCGAGAGCGCAAGUGGCCGCGCGCGCGCGAGUGCUUCUCACACUCCGGUGUCUCCGCGUCGCCUCUGCACUGGCGAUUGCCGUAAACUAUUUGGAUUAUUCUUUUUUACGGCCGCGACUGCUUAUAAACCGAUCCGACCCAGGAUAAAUAUUAUUAAAUCUCCGUAAACAAAACACGCUGCGAUGGACACUAGCAAGGCGGAGACGCAAGAUGCGGCUUCGGCGACGCUCGGCGAUGUCAAGUCAUCGUACAUGGACUACGGCCGCGAGCUACGCCCCCAGGCCAUCCAGAUCCCGACCAUCAUCGAGCACCGCGUCAGCGAGGAGCCGUCGCCGCUGCCCUACCCGCAGUACCCGCACAUCUACGGUCACCAGAGCGCCCCGGAGCCGAGCUACGGCGCCCAGUCGCCGGCGCCGGACUAUGGCACGCAGUCGCCGGCGCCGGCCAGCUACGGCCACGCCGGCGCCCCGGAGCCCGACUACGCCACUCAGUCGCCCGGCCCGGCCGGCUACGACGCGGCCAAGGCGGCCGGCUACGACCUGCCGCCGGCCGGCGACGCGUACGGCGAUGGGUACGACAUGCGCGCGGAGGGCGAGUUCGCGCGGCCGGUGGCCUGGCCUGGCCCGGAGGACGGCUUCUUGCCGGGCCGCGCUGAGUUCGUGCCGCACGGCGACGACCGCGGCGCGCUGCGCGACGAGGACGUGGGCCAGUUCCGGUACGACGCGGCGGCGUACCGGCCUGAGGGCGGCCGUUACCUGCGCCAGGGCUCGCCGGCCGGCGGCGUGGCCGCCUCGCCGCCACUGCCGCCCAAGUUCGAGCCAGGCGCGCACGAGGCGACGCACAAGCCGUACGACACGGACGGCCUGCCCGUACACAAGGGGUACGACGUGGACGGCAUGCAGCACAAGCCGUACGACACAGACGGGCUGCCAGUGCACAAGAGUUACGACGCCGACGGUCUCCACAAGGCGUACGACACGGACGGCAUGCAGCACAAGCCGUACGACACGGACGGCAUCCCCGUGCACAAGAGCUACGACACGGAUGGCAUGCACAAGGCGUACGACACGGACGGCAUGCACAAGGCGUACGACACGGAGAGCAUUCACAAGCCGUACGACACGGACGGCCUUGCCGUGCACAAGGCGUACGACGAGCCAGGCAAGUUCGACGGACUGGGUAAGCUGUAUGAACAUUCACCGGCGGGCGGCGCCGACAAGGAGACGUUCCCCUACUCGCCCGGCUCGAUCAAGCAGACGACCAUUAAGCUGGAGAGCCUGAGCACCUACGACGGCAGUGGCAUGGCGCCGUGUGGCGAGGAGGUCGACAAGCCUGUGCCGGAGCAGGAGCAGCAGCCGGAGCCGAUGCCACCGGCGGGAGCGGCGGCGGAGCCGGAGCCGGCGGAGAAGCCGACCAAGCGCGGCGCUCCCGGCGUCCGGCGUCAGGAGAAGCCCCCUUUCUCCUACAUCGCCCUCAUCCACAUGGCGAUCCAGAGCUCGCCGACCAAGCGGCUCACGCUAAGCGAGAUCUACCGCUUCCUCCAGGAGCGCUUCACCUUCUUCAAGGGCAGCUACCAAGGCUGGAAGAACUCGGUGCGCCACAACCUCAGCCUGAACGAGUGCUUCAUCAAGCUGCCCAAGGGCCUGGGCCGGCCGGGCAAGGGCCACUACUGGACGCUCGACCCGGCCGCCGAGUACAUGUUCGAGGAGGGCAGCUCGCGGCGGCGUCCGCGCGGCUUUCGGCGCAAGUGCCGCCACCCGCUGAAGUCGUUCGGCUACUACCCGGCCAACAGCGGCAUCGCCAGCAGCGGCUACGACCCGGCGCAGGGCCUGCCGGCCGCGCAGCCGCCCACCUACAGCGCCGACUACAGCAGCUACACGCAGCUCAGCCCGUCGUCCUGCACCUACGGCCAGGCGCAGGCCGGCUACAACCCGCUGAUCGGCCUGGCCGGCUCGUACAUGCCGGCGCCGCCCGGCGCCGCCGCCCCUGGCCCCGCCGGCUACGAGUACAACCUGGCGGCCGUGCCGCCGGCCGGCGCCGGCUACGGCUCCGGCUACGGCGAGAAGGAGGCGGCGUGGUCGGGGCUGGGCGCCGUGUCCGGCCCGCCGCUGACGGGCUGCCUGCGGCCGCCGCACAGUCCCACGCCCGCCGAGCAGGGCUCGCCGGGCUCCCUGUCACCCUCGUCGGCUGACCCGUCCAGCUCGCUGUCGGCGGCCGGCGCCGGCGGCGGCGGCGGCUACACCCUGACGCCCAUGUCGACCGCCUCGCCCCACAUCACCUCGCACGGCCACCCGCCACACCCCCUGCCCUCCAUGCAUUGCGACAGCGAGUUCCCAGGUAUAUCCGGCCUGCCGCCCGUCAACCUGUACGACAAGAAGGCCAUGUUCUACCCGGUCACGCCCAGCUAUGACGUCACGAGCGGAGCGCCAAUCAGCACCUACUACGACAACGGCAUCAACUCGUACUCGGUGUCCAGCUACUCGACGCAGUGAUCGGGUGCGAAUUACCCGAGGCCGAGUCUUUCCCCGACUUUGGGCGCCGGCGAGACCGGGAAUUCGGCCGCGGCGUGGCGCCAGUGAUGGGAUCGGAGGCGGGUCGCUCGGAGUCUGCGGCUGACUUGGACUCCGAUGUGCUCUGUCCAGGCCUGGCACCUCGGUACAAUCAGCCGGUCGCUGGUAUUGUUCGUCACUUUCAGCUGCUGCGUCGUUCGCAGCGGCGCAAAGCCGGAGGGCGGCUGCGGCGUCUUGUCGGCUGAUCCGAGCCCCUCUUCAGCACGCUGGCGACGCCCCUCCGGCGGCGCGAGGUGAUCGAUACCGAUAGCGAUUUCCGGCCGUCGACCGACCGGGCCGUUCAGCAGCGAGCACGCUCUCUCCCCCCACGGGGUCACGGGUCUCGCCCCGGGGCAGGGCCAGUCACCGCCCGCGGGCAUGCCACGCACGCUCCGCCAGCCCCGGCUGUUUUAAUGGCGCACCGCUGUGCGACUUCGCGUGUGCAUUUGAUGUUUGUAUUAUUUUAGCUUCAGUGUUGUCGUUCGCCGCUCAAGUGUGGGUUUCGUUAUUUCGCCGGUGCGUCGGCUGGCAGAGCCGUCAGCGUGCUCGUCACGAGACGCCGUUCUCGGAGACGCUGACGCUGUCGGUGACGCCGCCCAGAGCUGUUGCAAUAAACAUUUCAAUAUGC